AUGGCGAGCAACCACAAGCUGGUUUGUGCCAGAGCUGCUAGGCAGCAGUUUCGUGGUGCAUUUCAGCAAGCAGUGAGGGACUAUCGAUUGGCCAAACUGUCCGCCUCAACAUUAAAGGGCUUAGACGCAUUUCUUCCAGAUGGCUUAUCGUUCUUGCCUUUGUCAUACCUCUAUGACGGGGAGGUUGCUCGCUUUGCAUGGGAAGGUGCUGUGACAAAGGAGAAUAGAGAUGCAUGUGACCGCCAGACCAACUUUCGAGUCAUGGCCAGAACCAGACCAUUGCAAGAGCAGGAGGUGGACAGCAAGCUCUACGAGUCACUUAGUUCCGAAGGUGGUAAUCAUUCGAUCAUUGUACAUGACGGCCGUGUCCACCGAGAUGGCCGGACCAUCUACACCAACCACUCACGCUUUUGCUUGGACCGGGUUUUUCCCCAGGAUGCCAGCAAUCCUCAGGUCUUUGAAGAAGCUGCGGAACCGCUUCUGAAUUUUGCUCUACAGGGUGGACGGUCUACACUGAUCUUCUUUGGUCAGACUGGCACCGGGAAAACAUACACUGCACGAGGGGUUUUGGAUGAUGUGACAAAGAAAGUCUUUCUGCAAACAGCAGAAGUGGAGAUGUGUUGCUAUGAGAUGGCCGGCACACGAGGAGGUCGCGAGGCCUUUUUCGACUUGCUGGCUGAUCGAGCUCAAGUGAAAUGUCUCACGGGUGAAGAUGGAAACGUGCAUGUCCGUGGUGCUCGAAGGGUGAAAUGUCAAAAUGCUGGAGAGCUACACCAGGCAAUUGAGGCUGCCUUUUCAUGGCGUUCCUCAGAGUGCACUGAGCGCAAUGAAGCUUCCUCUCGGUCUCAUUGCAUUCUUGAGUUGCAUCUUGCUUGUGAGGACGAGAACGGCUUAUUGCGAGUGGUCGAUCUUGCUGGAUCAGAACGGAACUUUGAAACUCAAAUGCACAGCAAAUCAAUGGCAGAGCGAGGAGGCCUUAUCAACUACUCCUUGCUCAUGCUGAAAGAAUGUGCACGAGUGAUGCACAAUCAGGUGAAAGGUGCUCGUGAGAAAGAGAUUCAUGUGCCGUUCCGAUCUUCACGACUCACUCACUUGCUGAGGAGCUCCUUCACAGACAAAUAUCAUAUGACCACCGUAGUUGCAACGCUAUCACCAUCACCUACAGAUGUUGAGCACUCGCUGAAUACCCUGCAGCAUGUUGGGAUGAUGCGUUCCGCACGGGCCUGGGAGAUGCAGGACACAGAAGCUAUGGCAGCUAUGGAAGAUGCUAUCUCAGAAGCCAAGACUGCCAAGGGAUUUGAUGCUGUGCAGGGUCGUGGCAGGGCUUUACACUCGAAGCUGCAGGAUGCUCGCAAGGGUCAACUGGAUUUGCAUGCGUUUCAGAUGAAGACACAAGUUGGCGGAAGCAUUAUCAAGAAGUAUGAAGGGGAGAGUGCAAAGUUGGAGACCUUCAUUGAUGCCCGUUGGCACCGCGAAUUGAAGGCGAGGAGUCGAUAUCUUGGCCGUUCAACACCAGUGAAAGUGCAGGAGGAUCUUUGGGUGCUGCGGGAUGCUGACAUGGAAGCUACACAGGUGCUGUCUGAUUGGCGGAAGGAGCAGUGGACAGCUUCCAAAGCCCACGACUUGCAUCGCUGGGAUGCGCAAACCCUGCAAAGCUUUUUGAAGUCCUUGGACUUACCAGGCGAAGUGCGGAUCCCUUCCACCAUGACGGGCUCGCAGCUGCGGCGCUUGGGUCCUCGAGGCCUUGCUGCCCUAUGUGGCGAUGUGGCCACAGCGCAGGUGCUCCAGGCUGCGCUACUGGGCGAAAGACAGGCUGACCAGGUGGCCACUGCGGCGCAUAGGAGCCAGAAUGCGCGGAUGACAGCGCUCGGGAAUCACAAGGUCCAUGCAGCUGUAGACGAAGCUGUAUUUGAAGAAGCACCCUUUUGA